AUGGCGACAUUCGCGGCCACGAGGCCCUCCAUUCGCGUGGGCAGUCACGAGGAGCAGUCGCAGCACUUCCCCGCCGCGCUUUCACCCCCUGAUGGCGCCCCGCCAAGCACGGUGUCCAAGCUCGCCGUGAGCAUCCCGCGCGGACACCGCGAGGACGACUCGCAGGUGCUUCCGCUGGAUCUGCUGCACCACCGCGCGCAGCGCGGACCCGCCUCCGCUCCCGGCGGCGCUUCCGCCUCUUCUCGCGGUGUUACCGCGCCCAGGGCUGGUGAAACCCGCGAGUGCGACUCGCCAUUCGCGCUGGUUCAAUCAAAGCCCCCCCUUGCCGCAGCUACUACUAUUAGUAACACGGGCGGGCGGCGGACGACCGCGGCGGGCGGCGGCGGAGAAGCACCAAGGACGGGCGACGCGGCCGGCGGCGCGCGGAUGGAAGGUGGAUCGUGCGCCGCGCGGGCGGUGGCGAUGCACGGGGGCGUUGACCCGCUCGACGUGUCUCUUGCGAUGAUGGGUUCGUUCAGCGACAGGUCGCCGUCGCAGAGUCACGGCGGCGACGUGAAGUCAGCCGAAUCGUCGCCGGUGAUGACGUCAUCCAGCACCUGCAGCACCGGGAGUUGCGGCAGCGCCGGUAGCAGCGGCAGCAGCGGGAGCAGCGGUGGUACGAGUACUACUGGUAGCGGAGGCAAGUCAAGCGGUCAGCAGCCGCGGGGUCGCAAGAAGUCUCACUCCCAGCGGGAGAGCGGCAACGACUGCAGUCCCACCAGUCCCGUGAAAAAAGGCGGCGACGUUUCCCCGCCCGUCAGUUCUACCGCCACUGCCUCCGCCGCCGUCACCAGCGCUAGCACGGCUCGGCGACCUAAACCCCGCGGGUCCGUCAAGAGCCUCCCGACCGCCUCAUCCACGCCCAACGACGCGUCCGCCAAUGCACCUUCCGCCCGCGCGUUGUCUUCCCCCUCUCCCCGCACGACUGCGCCACCAGCAGCCCCUGCGGCGGCAGCGGAGCGCGCGCCUCUCACGGUGUCUGAGGCCGUCGCCGCAUACUCGUCUCGCGAAGCUAACUCUUCGUCGCCUGCAGGUUGUAUUAGGACUGCUACUAUUACGACUGCAGAUCCUGGCGAUGCUGCUUUGGCUAGUACUACUAGUGCGGCUGCUAGGCCCACAUCGAUCAAAGCCCGAGCCACACCACCGCGCUCCCACGAUCCCGCUGCUGCUAGCAGUUUCAGGGGCGGCUUGCGCAGCAUCGCUGCUGCGCCAUCCGCCAGCCCAAGCCGCCGCAGCGGCGUGAGCGACGCAGGCGGAGCAGACGCUGCGCGCGGCGCGCAAAGGAGCAGGGUUGGAAAAACAACCGAACCUGUUCCCAUCGCGAGUACAAGCAGCAAAAGCUCUACCUUUGUCGUUACAAGUGCUGCUGGCGCCGCGGCAAAGGGCAACGUCUCCCUCGCUGCGGUUGGCAGAAGCAAGAGCUCUACUAUCACUGCUUCCUCUCUUAUUAGCACGUCUGGCGCAAGUAACGUCGCCCGACGAGGCGCCGCGUCCGCCCCCAACUCCUCCAUGCCCUUCCUUUCCGCUGCCGCUGCCGCGGGAGCCGCCGCGAUGCGCGCAGCGGGAGUUGUACCCGUUGCCACGGCUGCGGCCAAGUGCUUUGGGCCGGGGUCGGGCGGCAACGUGUUCGGCGCGCGGAUGAACAGCGGCGGGAGCAGCAGCGACGAGGGCUGGACGGACGACGAGGCGGAGCCGGAGCGCGAGGAGGGCGCGGGAGAGGCGGAGCAGCGCGUGCGGGUAGGAGGCGACGCGGGAGAAGAGAAUCGCCGGUGGAACGCGAUACCCCGCGCCGCCACUGGUGGUAACAAUGCUCCUUCCCGCGGUGACCGCAACGCGGACGCGCUUCCGUCGGUCGACGCAGGCGGUGACGCGGCGGACAGCGUCGCCUGGGGGAGCGACAACGACAGCGACUGCUCGUCGGACGAUUGGGGGGGUUUCGCGGAUGGGGGAGAGGCUCGGCGCAGGGGAACGGCGCAAGUAGAGGCGGCGGAGAGGAGCGAGUGCCGGCGGUUCUCGCUGGCGCAGCUGCAGCAGGCAACUGGUAACUUCGACGACGCUAAUCUGCUCGGCCGCGGCGCCUUCGGACGGGUAUACAAGGGCCAUUUGAUGGGAUGCGAGGUGGCAGUGAAGCGGCUGGAUGGCGACGGCUGGCAGGGCCCAGACGAGUACUGCACGGAACUGCGAGUGCUCUCACACGCACACCACCCGCACAUCGUGCUGCUCAUGGGCCACUGCCCCGCCGCCAUGUGCCUCGUAUACGAGUACCUUCCGGGCGGCAGCCUCGCGGAUUACCUGGUUGGCGGAAAUGGCACUAGCGGUGGUACCCAGCUUGUUACCCCAUCUCGCCCCGCACUGCGUUGGUCGGACCGGGUUCGGAUUUUAUCCGAAGUGGCCGGUGCUCUGGUGUUCCUGCACCACAGCGACCCCCCUGUUGCGCAUCGGGACUUAAAGCCACACAAUGUGCUUUUGGAUCUGAACCUCCGGACAAAGCUAGCUGAUGUGGGAUUGGCUCGGCUGAUUGACACGAGCGCAGAUGCGGGCGGCAAUAUGACGGCGAGGGUGCGGGGUACUGCUGGUUACAUUGACCCCGAGGAAGUGGUCACGUGCGAGAUCUCAGUCACUUCAGAUGUCUAUGCGCUGGGGAUAAUAAUGUUACAAUUGCUAACGGGGUACAGUAAUGUGAAUCAGGUGCACAAGCUACUGGCAUCGGCCUCGGCCAGUGCCGUGAGUGCUGCUGGUGGGGGAGGAGGAGGAGGUUACUUGGAGAUGAUCGCAUCCCAUCUCGACCCUGCAGCAGGGGCGUGGCCGCUUCCUUGUGCCCGUGCGCUUGCCUCCCUGGCCAUGCGCUGUGCAUGCAGGCAGCGGCGCCUGAGACCAGACCUGGCAACGGAAGUGCAUCCUGCUCUUAUGCGCCUUAGUUCUCACGCUGCUCGCUCUGCUGCUGCGUCUGCUACUGCUUCUGCUGCGAAUGGUGGUCCCGGUGCGGCUGCUUCUCCUGCUUCUGCUGGGCAGUUUGAAGGGAAGGGAGGAGACAGAGGAGGAAAGACAGGGGGAGCAGUGGUGGGAGCGGAUGGAGUGCGUGGGACAGAAAUUCGGUGGCAUGGUACAGAUGGCACACAUGGGCAGCUCCUCUGCCCCCUCUCCAAGGCGCCCAUCAGUGAGCCAGUGGUAGCAGCAGAUGGGUUCACAUACGAGCAGCACCACAUGCAGCAAUGGCUUGCGUCCAGCUCCCUGUCUCCUGUCACCGGCCAACCGCUGCCACACACCUUCCUCACGCCCAACGUUGCCCUCAAGUUGCUCUCCUAG